GAUUCCAUCCUCCUCAUUCGGUUGCGUUUUGACUAUCUGUAGGGUUUGAACUUUCGAAGUUUAGCUUCCUGACCUCGCAGUCAUACACACAAGCUCCCAUUUGCUGUUCCUCCUCGUCCCAGAUCUCAAAUUCCUGAUCUAUCAUCUGCCAAUCUAGGAUCAAGUUGAUAUAGCAUGGCGGCCGUGGCUCAGUUGCGGUUUUCUCCUCUGUCUGGGCAUGACCGUUCGGUUUCGGACCGUCACGCACAUCUUACCCGCCAAGUCUUUUCUUUCGCAUCAUCCCUUAACAUUCAAAAUCGCUCUCUAUAUCUCAUCAAUAGCUUGAAGAUUUGUGAUCACAACUUUCCGGAAAAAUUGCGGCUUUCAUACGCUGGAGGCGACGGCAGCAAUGGGAUUGGAGGCGGCGGCUGCGGAGGCAGCGGCGGCAGUGACGGGAACUUUGAUGACUCGUCGUUGUCGUCUGAGGGCUUUGGUAUCCUGGGUCUGUUUCUAAAUGGAUGGAGAUCGAGAGUUGCGGCAGAUCCACAAUUCCCUUUCAAGGUUCUGAUGGAAGAGCUGGUGGGAGUGAGCGCUUGUGUUCUUGGCGAUAUGGCUUCACGUCCUAAUUUCGGAUUGAACGAGCUGGAUUUCGUUUUCUCAACCAUCGUGGUGGGAUCUAUCAUGAAUUUCACACUCAUGUAUCUGUUGGCGCCCACAAUGUCAUCCUCUUCGUCGAGCCUACCUGCGAUCUUCGCAAGUUGUCCCAAGAGCCACAUGUUCGAGCCAGGGCAUUACAACAUAGUGAAUCGAUUUGGCACUUUGGUGUACAAAGGAACGGUGUUUGCGGCUGUGGGGUUCGUUGCCGGACUCGCAGGGACUGCAAUAUCAAAUGGGUUGAUCGCGAUGAGGAAGAAGAUGGAUCCCGCAUUCGAGACAGGGAACAAAGCUCCACCUACACUAUUGAAUGCCCUGACAUGGGCAAUUCACAUGGGUGGAAGCAGCAAUUUGAGAUACCAAACUUUGAAUGGGCUGGAGUUCAUGUUGGAAAGGGGGCUUCCUGCAUUUGCAUUCAAGUCGUCAGUGGUAGUGCUGAGGUGCGUGAACAAUGUUCUGGGAGGCAUGUCGUUUGUCGUAUUGGCGAGAUUGACAGGGUCACAGAGUGUUGCUUCUGAGAAGCCUCCGGAUGUGUUGGUUGCAGAGAAGGAGGGGUUGGAGGAUGGGCAAAGGCAAGAGGAUUUGGAGAUCAACCAGUCGACAUCGAAGUGACGGAGGAGAUCAUCUUUCAUGAUUUGUUUUGAGUGAAAGCCACCGUCUUCAGAAUUGCCCAACUAGUCAAGAGAUGAGGCUCGAUAACACUAGUGUUAUUCUUGGUACAAAAUUAAUGAAAUAGGUCUAAUAUUUUAGGUGCAAAAUAAAAAAUAUUGCUUAUUUUGAUGGCCAUAGCAAAUAUGCAAGAUGGAAGGAGGGGGAUGGAGAUGCAGAGCGAUUUUGCAGGUUUGCUGGGGCUGACGGGUCCACCUGGCUAUUCAGGUUGUCGUUUUGAGAAGAAUAAUGACAACUGUCGUUCAAAUUUCAGUUGUUUCUUUCGUUUUCCCCGGAGGAAAUUCCAACCAUUCAGCAGCACUAGUAUGAACAACUUUUUGUCUUGUUUUUUACGUAAACAUUAUUGCCGUGCCGGCUAUGGUUUCUUUUCUAGGUGAGAUUGCCAACUUUCUGCCCUUCCACCAACUGUUCUACUAUCUUUCUCUGGGACUAUUCAUUUCACUGUCCACGGUGUUGUUCUUUA